AUGUCUGCGUACCCAGCUCCCCACUACCCAUUCCACCCUUUCCACCACUUUGGCCCUAUGGAUCGUCCUUCCAACCCUGGAGGUCGCCACCGAGGGCCCCCUCCUUUCGCUGAGCCCGGUCACGGAGGUCGCCACCGUGGUCCUCCUCCUUCUUUCGCCGAGUAUGCCUUCGAGGUACCUGGCGGAUUUGCCGGUUACGAUGGCCCUCCUCCACCUCCUCACCACGGACGUUUCGGCGGUCCUCCCCAUCAUGGACGAUUCCGUGGCCCGCCUCCCUUCGGCGAUUUCCACGAGAGGUCUCGCUUCCAUGGCGAGCCCGACUGGCACCACUACGGUCCUCCUCCACCGCCUUUCUCCGGCCCACCUCCUCCGCGUCACGGCAUGGGCAGAUUCGGCCCAGAAGGCUUCCACCGGGGUGGUCAUCGCCACGGAGGACCUCGUGGUGGACCACCUUCCGGGUUCUUCGGACCUGACUUCGCCACACGAGGUGAGCAUGGACCCCACUUUGGUCCCAUGGGCCGCGGUCCCAGAGGCGGACCACGUCACCAUGGCUUCCACGAGUGCUGCUCUGGCCCCGAAGGCGGUCGACGAGGCUUCCACCCUCGUGGCCAUGAGGGCGGCCGUCGACAUGGUCGUCACCACCGACGAGGAGACGCUGAGCAGCCUCCCGUCGAAGGCGAGCCCAGCGGUACCUCCUCUUCCGACUCCUCCAGUGACGAAGAGGCCUACAUCAUUCAGAUGGACGAGGCUGGUCGAGAGGACGCCACUUUGAGCCUCUCUUCCGCCAGCGAGUCAUCUUCUUCGUCGUCUGAGUCUGAGUCAGACUCCUCCGACAGCGAGCCCGACGCCCCGCGUGAGGGAGGUCACGGCAGGGGCAAAGGCAAGGGCAAGGGUAAAGGACGAGCGCACCCCGGCUUCGGCCCGGGGAAGCAUCACCCUCGCCACCGACAUUCUCAUCACCGACAACCUGACUUUGCCCACCCUGAGCAUGCUCAGUGGUACCAUGGUCCCCAUGCAAAGAGGCACAAGACCUCUAAAAGGCACUGCAAGUGCCACUACGAUCAUCAUGAAGACGAGGACAGUUCCGACGCAGAAAUAGUCGUCGCUGGCUUUGCCGACGAUGGUACUCCCGUAAUUGUGGCUAUCCCAGAAGGGGAGGCCGCUGCCGAGGACCUCACUGCCAUUCCCGAAGCGGCAGACGCUGAAGACGAUGCGGCGGACGAGGAGAACGACGCAGGACCCUCCCGAGGCGAGAAGGGAGGCAAGAAGAGGAAGCACGGGCGAGAGCACAGGCACAAACACAAGCAUGCCAAGGGAGGUCGAGAGGGCAAGCGAGGCCACAGACGAGAGGAUGACCAUCAUCGCUUUGGUGGCCCCCGUUUCGAAGGCGGUCAUCAUGGUCGAGAGGGCGGUCGACGCAUGGGUGGACGCGCCGAGCACUUCUACUGGUGA